CAAUGGGAUGGAGCUGGUUACAGCACAAUACUUGAGGCACUCCGAGACAUUGCUCAUUAAGAGAGAGCAGGCUGUGCUCAUCAUGACUUACUACAGCAACUGAGAGGAGCAACACAGAGACAUGACACAUCACACCAUCACUUCUCACAGAACUACGAUUCAGGAACACAGGGAUUGCUAAACUGACUCUUUCCUUUUUAUUUUUUUUUGUUCCUGUGAGAUAUAAGUUAUUAUUGUAUUAGUAGUAUUCUGGAGACUGUAAUCAUCAUGUACCCAUUUCUGUACUCUAAUGCAUUCCUGGUGCUGCUCGGUGCCAACCUCUGGGGGCAUGGCAGUUCAGACACACGUGUCGUGAGUGGCCGGAAGAUUUGCUAUGCAGGCUACAAGCAUCCUUGUUAUAAAAUUGCUUACUUUCAAGACUUAACUGCACGAGUUGGUUACCAUCAUGCUCAUCAGGUCUGUAGUGGAGAAGGAGGUCAUCUUUUAAGCAUUGAAAGUGAAGCUGAGCAAAAACUCAUCGAGAGAAUGUUGCAAAAUCUGACAAACUCAGGGUCUGGAAAGUCAGACGGGGACUUCUGGAUCGGCCUGUCAAGGAACUUGCAAUCCAUGGCAACUUCAGGAGCCUGUCCAGACCUUUACAUGUGGGCCGAUGGGAGCACUGCACUGUUCAGGAACUGGUAUGCAGAUGAACCAUCAUGUGGCAGUGAAGGGUGUGUGGUCAUGUAUCAUCAACCAACUGCUAAUCCUGGAAUAGGAGGACCAUACAUGUACCAGUGGAAUGAUGACCGGUGCAACAUGAAGCACAAUUUUAUAUGCAAAUAUCCACCAGAAAAUAUCCUAGAAAAAGAAAAAGGAGAUAGAGCAGAGCCAGACUAUGACCCACAAUCCCCUGUGACAACGGAAAGAACCUAUGCUACCAACAGGCCGGAUGACUCUUCUCAUGUUACUGCAGUAGAAACAGGAUUAAUGCCAAAUUUAAUCUACGUCAUUAUACCGACCAUCCCUUUGCUGCUGCUGAUACUGGUGGCUUUCGGAACCUGCUGUUUUCAAAUGCUACAUAAAAGCAAAGAACGAACAAAGACCAGUCCCACCCAGUCUACCUUGUGGAUUUCAAAAGCCCCAAGGAAUGAGAUCAACAUGGAGGUAUAAAUAUAACAAUGACUUGUAUCACCAUAAUGCAAGAAACAAAAAAUAUAUCCCAAUGUAUUUUCUGCAUCAGUAAACUUUAAAGCAUUGGCUUGGAAUGACUUUCUAUCUCGGCAUCAGUAUUCCGUUCAGCAAGAAGAACUAACGGCUCCCCCUUGAGGCACAUUUUAAGAACACUUUUAUAAUACUCAUGUUUCAUUCAUAAGCAAACUGGAAUCCUUGUCUUGCUACAUUAGAAAAAAAAA